AUGCCAACGCACAACCGCUUCCAACGUGUCCACGGUGCCAGCGGACAUUCUGGGCGCCAAAUGGGCUUGUUGGACACCUUCGGACCAACUUCAGCACCCAGAGUGCACCAACCGUCACCCCUCCGUCCACCUCUCCCUUGUCUUCUGCGCCCUCAACUAAAUCUGACCGCCCUUCGCCCAAUACGCAACGCCGCCGCACAACCUCUCCCUACGUGUCCUCGAUGUCAGCGGACAUUCCGGGCACGAAUCGGACUUGUUGGACAUCUCCGAACCAACUGCACCUCUCGAACUGCUCCAGCCAUCGUCCCCCCGCCCGCCUCUUCCUCCUCUCUUCCGCCAACUAACUCUGACACUCCUUCUGCACCACCACUUCCAUCCUCCUCCUUCUCCUCCACUGCCUCAGCGGCGGCCGUUCAGACUGCCGUUUCACACAUCACCAACCCCGACACAAUAACCGCCACCACCCCCACCUCUCCCGAUUCCAGUGAUGAGGAUCAGGACUACACCUGCCCUCACUGCGACCACACCUUCACCUUUCGCAUCGGCCUGGUCGGUCACUCGCGAAUCCAUCGCACAGAGACUGGCGAACCAGUGCCUGGAGCACCAACCUACACUCACCGCACUCGCCUCCACUGUCCACACUGCCCACGCACCUUCACGCGUCGUAUGGGUCUAUUCGGCCACAUGCGCAUCCACGAGAGCGGAAUUGACCGCCGCCUUGACACACCCACCCCACCGAGCCCCACUCCCAAUCCAUCACCCUGUGCACCCACUAACCACUCCCCAGCCGACAUCGACGCCACCGACCUUACCACCCCUCACUCCUCCCCUUCCUCCUCCUCCUCUUCCUCCUUCACUGCCACAACGAAGGCCACUCCGGCGUCUAUAGCGCAUGACUUCACCACAGCCGCACCUGACACAACAACAGGCACAACCCCUGCAACCUCCAUCAUCAGACAUGAGGGCCAGGACUACAUCUGCCCCCACUGCGAUCGCACCUUCACCUCACGCAUCGGCCUGGUCGGUCACUUGCGAAUCCAUCGCACAGAGACUGGCGAACCAGUGCCUGGAGCAUCAACCUAA